AUGUUCUGCAACGGACGCGGGUGCAAAUACUGCGACCACAUGCGCUGGACCACAAACCAGGCCAUCGAUGGCUUGUUUUCGAACUGGAUCACUGACUCGAUUGUGGCGACGAGCCGCCCGACGCGCGAGGCCAUCGAAACGCACCGCAUCAUUCAGCAAUUCAAGGACAAAGGCAUUACGGCGGUGAUCAACCUGCAAGAACUUCACGAGCACGCGUCAUGCGGUCCAGGGAACCUGCAAUGCGGGUAUGCGUACGACCCGGACGUGUUCUCGAGCGCCGGCAUCACCACCCUCAUCUUCGGCUGGCAGGACUUUGGCGUUCCCAGCACCGAGAUUGCCUUCGACAUGGUCAAGGUUGAGUUUGUGAAGAAUUUUGCCGCCGAGACGCUGGCGAAGCGGCGCGUUUUCCCAGACGCUCGCGAUCGCACGGGUGUUGCGCGCGUCACGCCCUCCACCGGCAUUCCCAUUCUCACACAACUCCGCAAUCAGCGCCUUCUGCUCCUGCAGACAGAACCACAGACGCUGCGCUUUGUACCGCGCGUGGUGUAUGAGAUUGGCAAGGCCCUGUCGAACGUGGACUGGGGCGCUGAGACAUCUGUUGACACGCUGUUCACGCACCGCCCGGACCAGCUUGAUGAGGAGGGCGCUGGGUUCCUCGCCACGUACCAGAUUGAGGCAAACCACGGACAGUGGGCCGACCUCAGGGCUUGCACAUCCCUCGACGUACUGCUUGUGCUGGCAUUUGAGUGGGAGCACGCGGCCGGCGAUGCACCCAUCAACUCUGCAUAUGUCCGCCACAUCGAGACCCUCAUCGAGUGUCGAAGAGCCCAGUUUGUGCGCUGGGCAACCAGGGGUGGGGAACACCACGAAAAACGGCCCUGGUUUUAA